GAACUUUACACAUCUUGCUCGAUAUGACUGAGGGGACGCACUUGCGUAGGCGAGGGGGGCCGCACAAGACGGAAGCAGCCACGGACAUGAGCCGCUGGCGGCUGACCAGCGCUGACGGCAGGCAAACCUGGCGUUACGUGGACGAUGUCGACGGUCCAGAGAGAGAGCAGACCAUGCUGGAGGCCCAUUCUUUAGGCUUGGACACGACAAAGUUUGUGCGUGACUCCCCGCCCGCCAGCACAGCCUUACGAGCAGCCAUGAAGGGUAUGAUCUUCUACAGUCACCUCCAGGCGGAGGACGGCCACUGGGCGGGGGACUAUGGUGGACCUCUCUUCCUGCUUCCAGGUCUACUGAUCACUUGCCAUAUAGCUAAGAUCCCUCUGCACGAGGCUUGGAAGUUGGAGAUGAUUCGAUACUUGCGCUCUGUUCAGCUUCCAGACGGAGGCUGGGGCCUACAUAUUGAAGAUAAGUCAACAGUAUUUGGCACGGCUCUGAGCUACACCUCGCUAAGGAUUCUGGGUGUCGGUCCAGAUGACCCAGAUAUGGUUCGAGCGAGGAACAACCUACACAGCAAAGGUGGUGCAGUUGGGAUCCCUUCAUGGGGGAAAUUCUGGCUGGCCAUUCUCAAUACCUACAGCUGGGACGGAAUGAACACGCUGCUACCAGAGAUGUGGUUGCUCCCCACUUGGAUGCCGGCUCACCCCUCGACGCUGUGGUGCCACUGUCGCCAGGUGUACCUUCCCAUGAGCUACUGCUACGCCGUCCGACUCGCCGCCGAGGAGGACGCCCUGGUCCUCGGCCUCAGACAGGAGCUUUAUGUCCAGGACUAUGCGAGCAUUGACUGGCCAGCUCAGAGGAGCAAUGUGGCAGCGUGUGAUUUAUACACACCUCAAAGCACACUUCUGACUGUCUCUUACAUGGUGCUAAACGUGUAUGAGGCUCACCACAGCGCCGCGCUGAGAGGAAUGGCCGUCAAAGAAUUAUAUGAGCACAUUCAAGCUGAUGACCGCUUCACAAAAUGCAUCAGCAUUGGACCGAUUUCCAAGACAAUCAACAUGCUGGUCCGCUGGUCCGUGGACGGUCCGUCUUCUCCAGCCUUCCAGGAGCACGUGUCCAGGAUCCCCGACUACCUCUGGCUGGGACUCGAUGGCAUGAAAAUGCAGGGCACCAAUGGCUCUCAGCUCUGGGACACUUGCUUCGCCGUGCAGGCUUUCCUCGAGGCAGGAGCCCAGGAUGACCCUGAACUAGCCGAGUGUCUCGGACGUGCCCACAAGUUUCUCACCGUCACGCAGAUUCCAGAUAAUCCCCCAGAUUACCAAAAGUACUACAGACAGACAAACAAGGGAGGUUUCCCCUUCAGUACCCGCGACUGUGGCUGGAUAGUGGCGGACUGCACGGCUGAGGGUCUCAAGACAUUGAUGUCGCUGGACGAGCUGUGCCCCUCCAUCAGCAAACCUGUCGCUUUGGAGCGCCUGUACGAUGCUGUCAAUGUGCUAUUGAGCAUGAGGAACUCAGAUGGAGGAUUUGCCACAUACGAAACAAAGAGAGGGGGAAGACUCCUGGAGCUGCUCAACCCGUCUGAGGUGUUUGGCGACAUCAUGAUAGAUUAUACCUACGUGGAAUGUACGUCAGCGGUACUCCAGGCUCUGAGGCACUUCCAAAAAGUCCACCCAGAACACCGCGCUGAGGAAAUAAGCAACACCCUGAGAGAAGGACUGGAUUAUUGUCGGAAGGUGCAGAGGCCAGAUGGAUCCUGGGAAGGGUCCUGGGGAGUGUGCUUCACAUAUGGGACCUGGUUUGGCCUGGAAGCCUUGGCCUGUAUGGGCCACGUCUACAGCAACAGCAGGGAUGUAUGUGACGAGGUGCAGAGAGCUUGUCGGUUCCUGUUGGAUCGGCAGAUGUCAGACGGCGGCUGGGGGGAGGACUUUGAGUCGUGCGAGCGGCGUUGCUACGUUCAGAGCCGCUCAGCUCAGAUCCACAACACCUGCUGGGCUUUGCUAGGACUCAUGGCUGUCAGACACCCUGACCAGCAGGCCAUUGAGAGAGGAAUACAACUACUGGUUGAUAAGCAGCUUCCCAAUGGAGACUGGCCUCAGGAGAACGUUGCAGGCGUGUUCAACAAGAGCUGUGCUAUCAGCUACACCUCCUACAGAAAUGUCUUCCCUAUUUGGACCCUUGGACGCUUCUCUGCAUUAAACCCUGGCAGUUCUCUGACGGGAAAGCUCAACUUGUGAAUCAACUUGCCUGGUACUUGUCCAACAUUAUUUUGCAUUACAUUUUACAUUCAUGUGUGCAGAACAUGUUUGUAUAAAGGUUUUUGAUUGAUGUGUCAUUUACAGGGUGUCUGUGUGUGUGUGAGUAGGUUCAGGUAACUCAUUGACAGUAGCAGGUCUAGCUUCAAUUAGGGAUGAGUGAUAUGGCCUAAAAUCUAUAUCAUGAUACACUAUAUUGGCAAAAGUAUUU